GCCCGACGUCACUCGCUCUCCCUUUCCAAGAUGUCGGUUUACGGGCCAGUGGUGAAGAUUCACCCCGUCGUUCUCGCCUCCAUCUGCGACUCUUACGAGCGGAGAAACGAGGGCGCGAGCCGCGUGAUCGGGACGCUGCUGGGUACUAUUGACAAGCACUCCAUCGAGGUGACGAACUGCUUCUCGGUGCCCCACAACGAAUCUGAAGAUGAGGUUGCCGUGGACAUGGAGUUCGCUAAGAACAUGUACGACCUCCACAAGAGGGUGUCGCCCACCGAGGUCAUCAUCGGAUGGUACGCCACGGGCUUCGACAUCACGGAGCACUCGGUGCUCAUUCACGAGUACUACAGCCGCGAGGCCACCAACCCCAUUCACCUGACGAUGGACACGGCGCUGCAGAGUGGCAAGAUGAGCAUCCGCGCCUACGUCAGCGCGCAGAUGGGCGUGCCAGGAAAGACAGUUGGUGUGAUGUUCACCCCACUCACUGUCAAGUAUGUCUACUACGACACUGAGAGGAUAGGCGUGGACCUUCUGCAGAGGACGCGCGUGCUCCCGAAUCGCACCAAGGGGCUGACCUCAGAUCUGUCCCAGGUGGGUGGCUCUGCAGCCCGCGUGCAGGACAUGCUGACCACCAUGCUGGCGUACAUCGACGACGUGCUGUCUGGCAAAGUGGCGGCGGACAACAGCGUGGGUCGCUUCCUGAUGGACCUGGUCAACAAGGUGCCCACCAUCUCAGCCGAGGACUUUGAGAACAUGCUCAACUCCAACAUCAAUGACCUGUUGAUGGUGACCUACCUGUCCAACCUCACCCAGGCACAGAUUGCUCUGAAUGAGAAGCUGGUGCUGCUCUGAGAGGGAUUUCAUUGAAGUGAUAUUUAAUUUUGUACAAUUUUUUCUUUUCUUUUUUUUUCUUUUUUUUCUGAGGGGGGCUGAGAUGAUGAAUAAAGAUGUUUAACACAGUCUUACCGUGUUAACUUAGAUCUUUGGUAAUAUUGUUAUUACUAACAAUGCACAUUUAGUGUUCUCAAAAAUGGCUAAUGAACAAUAAUGGAAAAAGAUGGUGUUUCUAAUGUAAUCUGGCUUUUUUUUAAAAAAUUUUAAUAAAUGAGUCACGUGUUA